UAUUAUUUGGUAUUGGGUGGUUUCUCCUUCCAAUUCAAUUCUCAAAAUUCCAAUUACAAUUACAGUCAAAGGGGCUUUGAAUGCACACCGACUCCUCUCCAAAAAGUAUCCAGAUGAAGAUGAAGAUGAAGAUGAAGAUGAAGAGGCUAGUAAGUAAUUUUGCUGCUUUUGAUGAUGGUACUAAGCAAUGCUGAAGAAGACUACAACAACAAUGGAGUCUGCAAAUCGAACUGGCCUUUAACCCCCCGGCCACACAGUGUUACCGUCACUGAAUUCGGCGCAAUCGGCGACGGGAAAACUCUCAACACCGUCGCCUUUCAGAACGCCGUUUUCUACCUCCAAUCAUUCUCCGACAAGGGCGGCGCGCAGCUCUACGUCCCCAAAGGCGAAUGGCUCACCGGAUGCCUAAUUCUUACAAGCCAUCUCACUCUCUUCUUGGAAAAAGAUGCCACCAUUCUCGCCUCCGAGGAUUACGAGAGCUGGGAUGUUGUCGAUCCGUUGCCCUCUUACGGCAGCACCCUCAAGUUACCUAGUCGAAGAUAUCGCAGCUUAAUCACCGGCACAAAUUUGACCGAUGUUGUCAUUACAGGUAAUAACGGGACUAUCGAUGGACGGGGUUUGGUCUGGUGGGCGCAGCUGAACGUUGGGAAUUUGAACCAUAGCCGGCCGCAUCUAGUCGAACUCGUCGGUUCGGACAACAUUGUUGUGUCGAACUUGACGUUUUUGAACGCCCCGGCUUUUAACAUCCACCCGGUUAAUUGCAGUAAAUUGUUAGUACAGAACAUCACUGUCUACACUCCACCGGACUCUCCUCGUACGAGCGGUGUCGUUCCAGAUUCGUCGAAGCACGUUUGUAUUGAGAGCAGCAACAUAAGCGUAGGAUACGAUGCCGUCGUGCUGAAAAGCGGUUGGGACGAAUACGGGAUCUCUUACAACGAAUCAACCAGCGAUGUCCAUGUCCGGAAGCUUCGUCUCCGAUCCUCUUCGGGAUCGAGUUUGGCCUUCGGCAGCGAAAUGUCGGGUGGGAUCUCAGGGGUCAUUGCCGAGGAUCUCCACAUGUACGAAUCAGCCAUUGGGAUCGAGCUAAAGACAGCAAAAGGAAGGGGCGGGUACGUUAAGGAUGUCUUCGUAUCGAAUGUUUCCAUGGAAAACGUUCGCGUGGGAAUCAAGGCGACGGGGCAGUGCUCAUCCCAUCCGGACAACGGAUACGACCCCGAUGCACUGCCAGUGGUUACGGAAAUUACUCUCGAGGACAUUGUCGGGGUAAAUAUUACCUUGGCGGGUAAUUUGACGGGGCUCGACGAAUCUCCGUUUGCACCGUUUUGCCUGAUGAAUGUGUCGUUCUCGGUCGAAUCUUCUUGGGUGUGUGCAUACGUUGCGGGCUCGUCUUUUGACGUCACACCCGAGCCUUGCCCCGAGCUGCGAAACUUGUCCGGUUGUGAUGUCGUCUUCUCGAGAUUCGAUCGUCAGGUUGCCGUGUUAUGAGCCAUUCGUUGAGCAUGGAUCGAGUUCGUUCGUUCUCUGUUGUCGUCGAUAGAUACUCUCCAUCCUGUGUACAGUGAAGAGUCAUUUGGUUCAGAAAAGUUUUGGUAGUGAAGGGGAAGGACAUGGAAAAAUAUUGAUUCCUUUUCAUUGUUAUUUUUGUUAUUCUUACAUUCAAUUUCAAUUCAUCCAUUUCAUUCACUUUCUUUAUUAAGACACGGAAAUGAUUAGAAUGCGGAUUGAGGAUUAAUCAGCAUCACGCUCGUAACAUAUAAAAUAUAAACUAUCAGCACAUUGCAAUCAUUGUGCCGAAAUCAAUCCAAUCAUAUUAUAUGUUGUGUGGACUAUUAUCACGUGUUGUCAAUUCAUUUGCUAUCGGAAUAAUGCCGAUUAAUCCUAGUCAGCAUUGUAAUCAUCGGGAAUGUUUGUAAUGAAAUCCCAAAAUUUAAUGAGCGUGUCUCAAAAAUA